AUGGCCGCUAUGAAAAUACUAACCAGCGGAGGGCUCUUCCUGGCGUUCUGCGCGUUGGGGCUGCUCGCUAUGGCGAUUUGCACCGACUACUGGUACGAGACGGACGCGAGAAGGCACCGGGAGAGGUGUAAAAACUACGCAAACAAGCGCAACGACCCGGGCUACAUCUACAUCUCCAACCACAACCUCCCCCUCCAGAUGCCUCCUAAGAGGAGAGGAGGCGGCCCGGAGGCUGCUCCACUCAUUAGGGGCAAGCGACACUUUGUGGCCGCAGCCUCCGCGAUGGAGUCCCACUGCAGUCGGCAGUUCAACUCAACGGUGUCCGGCCUUUGGAGGAAAUGUCACCGAGAGGGAUUCGACCUUGAAACCGAGGACCUUAUUUACAAAGGAAUAAUUCAAAGAUGUACUCCUGUAACUUAUCACUAUACUUCAUCCAUUCUUCCACGAAAUUUACCUGUCAACAUCACCAAGACCAUACGACAGGAUGAAUGGCAUGCACUUCAUCUCAGAAGAAUGACGGCUGGUUUUGUUGGUAUGGCAGUCUCCAUAAUUCUUUUUGGAUGGAUAAUUGGAGUGCUGGGAUGCUGCCAACAACAUGACCUCAUGCAAUAUGUAGCUGGGCUCCUCUUUCUCAUGGGAGGAACAUGCUGCAUCAUCUCCUUGUGCACAUGUGUGGCUGGUAUCAACUUUGAGUUAUCCCGCUACCCUCGCAACAUGUAUGGCCUACCUGAAGACAUUAGCCAUGGUUAUGGUUGGUCCAUGUUUUGUGCCUGGGGUGGACUUGGCCUUACUUUGCUGGCUGGGUUCCUCUGUACCUUGGCCCCCUCCCUAAGCACGCCGACCCGCUCGACAACCCACAAGCCGAGGUACGAGAACGGAACCGUGUGA